AUGGCCACUGCCUCUCGUUCAUCCUCCAAUGUGGACGCUAGUCUUACUCGAGUUUUCACCGAAGAACUUUCGUGUCCGAUCUGUCUGGAGGAACUGACAGAACCUAAAUGUCUUCCAGUUUGUGCUCACAACGUCUGCAAGGCUUGUUUAGACAAUAUGGCUCGUAAAAAUAGUGAAAUAAUCCGUUGUCCGACUUGUCGACAGAUUUCCCAUAUCCCUCCCGGAGGGAUAAGUUCUCUGCCGACGAACAAUGUGCUCAUUAAAUUUAUAGAGGUUACACCUGGUCGAAGAGAGCGUCUCAAGAUUCAGAAAUCACUGGAUCACAGCAAACCCGUGGUGGAAGAAAUGCGUAAAAGGCUCACCAUUCUAGAUAGUGCUUUGGAAAGUUUAGAUGAUAAUUGGAAAAAGGCACUGGAAGAGGUGCGCUUCACAAGCAAUACCCUGAUAGAAAUAAUAAGAAGCCAGGAAAGCAAAUAUUUGCAGGAAUUGGAAGAGUUUUACAGCAAGAAACAGAAGUCCCUUCAGAAUCAGAGACAAACCUUGUCUACUCUGACGGCAAAUGCAUCAUCGUGCAUUCAGGCAGCAGACGAAGUCCUUGAAAAAUCAGACCCACAAGAGCUAAAAGAUAUGGAGGAAGUACUGACGCAACAACUCAAAGAGAUUAAACUGAUGAAUUUUGAAGAUAUCAAUGAGAUGAGAAGUAAAUGUGAUGAAAAGCUGGAGUUUUAUCCAAACCAUGAUUUUCAACUUAACCUGGAAAAAUAUCGUAUUGGUCAACUCAAAACGGAAAUAACGCAAAGAAAUCCAAGCAAUUUAGAAUUCUCCACAGAUACUGCUGACAUUAACUCAAUAGGGCGGGUCAUUAAGAAAAUUGGACACAAGGGAACAAGGAAAGGUAAUUUCAAGAACCCUGGGGGCAUAACAUCAAAUGAGAAAGGAGAAAUUGCUGUCACCGAUUACUUUAACAAUCGCGUUGAAGUUUUCAAUGAGAAUGGAAAGUUUUUAUUUAAAUUUGGCAAAAAAGGACAUGACGAAGGGCAACUUUUGGGUCCAACAGGAAUAGCAUACACGAGGAACAACAAACUCAUUGUCUUGGACAGCAGGAAUUACAGAGUACAAAUCUUUGACAAUACUGGCCGCUUCCUCAUGAGUUUUGGCAAAAAAGGAUCAAAUGAGGGCGAACUGGGACAGGCAGAGGGUAUUUCGGUCGAUGACAAUGAUAAUAUUAUUGUCACUGAUACUGAAAACAACCGCGUGCAAAUCUUUCUGCUGGAUGGUACAUUUGUACGUCAAUUUGGUGCGCAUGGCCCGGAGGGGUUUGACAGACCAUUAGGAGCUGUACACCACAAAGGUGAAUUUUACAUUUCUGACAAGGGAAACAACUGCGUGAAAGUAUUUGAUAACAAUGGAAUUUAUGUGCGGCAGUUUGGAAGAGUAGGAAAUGCCACCAGUGAAUUUAGAUGUCCCAGGGGAAUUACUGUUGAUAAGACAAAUGAUCGCAUUUUGGUGUGUGAUAGUGAAAAUCACUGUGUACAUGUUUAUAAGCUAGAUGGUACGUAUGUCACAAAAUUUGAAACAAAAAAGACUCCAGUUGGAAUUGACCUCCUUAAAGGAAGGCAGGUAAUUGUAUCAUCAUACUACGGUCAUUGCUUUCAAAUUCUGUCAUAUUCGUGAUAGGAAGGUUGAUUUUAAUACUUGUUAGUUCAGUUCAGGCAUGUUCCUUUGUCACAUAACUUACAAGGACAUGUAAUACCUGGGUAGUGUAACACAAUACCUGAAGAAAAUGGCAAAGGGAUGCUCAGGUUGUCACGGUUGAGUCCCCAUUGGGGGGGGGGGGGGGGGGGUUGGGCCUUUAUGGGCCGCAAAGGGGGGCGGGGGCCCAAAAUGUUCCCUCAAGGGUAAAAGAAAUUUUCCGUUUUUUUUUUUUUUUUUUAAAAGGCCAGUUAUAAAGGUUUUUUUUUGGUUUUGUAAAGAGGGGGAGGAGGGGGGGGGGGGGGGGGGGGUUACUGCCUAUACUGGCCGACAAGGGGAGCCUGCGCCCAAAUUGCUACCUACAGUGUAAUAGCAAUUUUCCGUUGUUUUUAUAUUCUGUUAAAAGGCCAGUUAUCAAGGUUUUUGUAUAGUUUUGCA